UACUGGUAUUUCUAUGGCAACUUUCCAUUGGUUAGGUACGAGACUGGUCUCCCAUAUUUUGUUGAAAUGCAAAUUCCGGAUGAAUACCAUCUUCGCCAGGAGAAAGAAAUUCCGGAUGAAUACCAUCUUCGCCAGGAGACUUAGCUGUUUAUCGCAGCAUUAA